ACACGCUCUGCGGUGAGCCCGGGUGUCUUCAGCAGCAGGAGCAGUCGGGGGAUCGAGGCCCGCGCAGCACCUGGGCCAAGUCCAGUGCCGAGAGUCCGCAGGAUCGCAGGAGCCGAGGGCCGUCCGGGUCCGAACCACAGCUGAUGGGUUCCGACGUGCGGGACCUGAACGCUCUCCUGCCCACCGUGUCGUCGCUGGGCAGCGGCGGCGGCUGCGGGCUCCCCGUGAGCGGCGCGGCGCAGUGGGCGCCGGUGCUGGACUUCGCGCCUCCGGGCGCCUCGGCUUACGGGUCGCUGGGCGGUCCCGCGCCUCCGCCGGCUCCGCCGCCGCCUCCGCCGCCACCCCACUCCUUCAUCAAACAGGAGCCCAGCUGGGGCGGCGCCGAGCCGCACGAAGAGCAAUGUCUGAGCGCCUUCACCUUGCACUUCUCUGGCCAGUUCACCGGUACAGCCGGCGCCUGUCGCUACGGACCCUUCGGUCCUCCCCCGCCCAGCCAGGCGUCCUCCGGCCAGGCCAGAAUGUUCCCCAAUGCGCCCUACCUGCCCAGCUGUCUGGAGAGCCAGCCCACUAUCCGCAACCAAGGAUACAGCACGGUCACUUUCGAAGGGGCACCCAGCUAUGGUCACACGCCCUCACACCAUGCAGCGCAGUUUCCCAACCACUCCUUCAAACACGAGGACCCCAUGAGCCAGCAGGGAUCUCUGGGCGAGCAGCAAUAUUCGGUGCCGCCCCCGGUGUAUGGCUGCCACACCCCUUCGGACAGCUGCACGGGCAGCCAGGCCCUGCUGCUGAGGACGCCCUACAGCAGUGACAAUUUAUACCAAAUGACCUCCCAGCUCGAAUGCAUGACCUGGAAUCAGAUGAACCUGGGAGCCACCUUAAAGGGCCAUGGCACAGGGUAUGAGAGUGAGAACCACACAACCCCCAUCCUCUGUGGUGCCCAGUACAGAAUACACACCCAUGGCGUCUUCCGAGGCAUUCAGGAUGUGCGACGUGUGUCUGGAGUGGCCCCAACUCUUGUCCGGUCAGCGUCUGAGACCAGUGAGAAACGCCCUUUCAUGUGUGCCUACCCGGGCUGCAAUAAGAGAUACUUUAAGCUGUCCCACUUACAGAUGCACAGCCGGAAGCACACUGGUGAGAAACCAUACCAGUGUGACUUCAAGGACUGUGAGAGAAGGUUUUCUCGCUCAGACCAGCUCAAAAGACACCAAAGGAGACACACAGGUGUGAAACCAUUCCAGUGUAAAACUUGUCAGCGAAAGUUUUCCCGGUCCGACCACCUGAAGACCCACACCAGGACUCAUACAGGUAAAACAAGUGAAAAGCCCUUCAGCUGUCGGUGGCACAGUUGUCAGAAAAAGUUUGCUCGGUCAGACGAAUUAGUCCGCCAUCACAACAUGCACCAGAGAAACAUGACCAAACUCCAGCUGGCGCUUUGAGGGGUCCGACCGGGGACAGUUCAGCAUCCCAGGCAGGACAGUGUGCAAACCGCUUCCUAAUCUGAUUUUGAAAUUGCUCCCCACCCACCUACAAAAUGACUUGCUGGUGGAUCGUCAUCCAACUUCCAAGACAGCACGUGUGUUUGGCUGUAUCCUAUCAGGUUUGCUGGAAGGAGUCUGUGCUCCACCUACUCUUGUCUAUCUCACAGACCUGAAAAAGUGACUCAAGAUGUCUUGUUAGUUGAAAGCACGUUGCUAUUCGGUCUGAGUUUUCCGCUGUCAGAAGAACCAUUGUUGCUGAUGUCCCCCUACUUUCCUCUUCUCCUUUGUGCGCAUUUUCACCAGGAUUGGAGUGAUUGUUCCAUUUUCCAUCAUGGGAUAUUUAUAGGUCAGGGCAUGUGUAUGUGUCUGCUAAUGUAAACGUUGUCAUGGUUCCCAUUUACUAACAGCCCUAGAAAGAAAUAAAUCAGAGAGCAAGGCACCAGGGGCGAAUAUCGCCCAGAAUUCCAGAGGUCAGGCUGCGAACCUGGAAUCCUGGAAGGCAGGAAGUAAUUCUGCCAGGCGAUUUUUAAAGCUCAAGUAACUGAAUAGUGGAUUAGAAUUAAUCACAACCUCUGAAUAGAAACCCGAAGGAGCCUUCCUGUUCAGCUACUCAUUGCUAACAUUAGGACUGUGCUAAGAAAUAAUGAUUAAAGAGCAGAUUUUUUUGAACAAUGUUUUUGAUUUAUUUUUCAGUUGUAAUUAGGUUCAUCUUUAGAGAUGUGUUCUCCUUUUCAUGCAAAGGAGGUUGAAGAGUUCAUUUCUAUCAUCUGUGGUGUCUUUAGAGUGUAAAGACCACACUGGCUAUGUGGCUUUAAGUUGUAAAAAUUAAAAUGACUUUAAAAGAAACUAGGGGCUGGUCCAGGAUCUUUGCCGGUAAGACUGUUCUUAAGUAACUUAAGUAUCUUUGACUCUGCAAGUAUGUGGGGGAAAAAAAAAAGAUAUAUUAUUGUGAGGAAAUCCAUUGUUUAAAGAUGUGUGUGUUGUUGUUGUUUUUAAAGGGAGGGAGUUCUAUUAUUUACUGUUGCUUGAAAUACUGUGUAAAUAUAUAUGUAUAUAUAUAAUGUGCUCUUUGUCAACUAAAAUUAGGAGGUGUAUGGAUAUUAGAUACAUCACUGUGUGGAUAUCAAUCUUACAGUGUAUUGAUGAUAAAUAAUACUAAAAAUGUAACCUGCAUUUUUUUCACUUGGCUGUCAAUUAAAGUCUAUUCAAAAAGAA